CAGCCCUUCGCUCACUCCGGCCUACAACAGGACAGUCUGUCAGGACAUGUAGUAAGUGAGAGUAAAGCCAUCCCCACUGGCCACAAGCCCCCAGCCGGAGACUCGCUCUGUUAGGUAAUGACCACACACCCACACGUCCUUUGUUCCUAAAUGCAGCUGUGUCUGGGUGGAGCCUCACCGCCCUUUCCAGGGGGGUUCAGGACUUCAGUUUUGGAAGCUGGGUCCGCCUGCAGCACCAGGAACUGGGGGUGCUGGAACUGGGGGUGCAGCCACGCCCCCUGGCUUGAAGUGGUUUUCAUCGUAUACAGAGUUUACAAUUUGGUUCAAUGGCUCUCAGCAUCCCCACUCUACAAAUUGUUCCAGCCCCCCUACCCCUACUACCAGGCUGAAGGGCCUUCCCCACCACCCACAGGGCAGCACCGUCCCAUCACUGUGUGGGGGCCCCGGGGCCUGCACUGACUCAGAGGGGAGAGCCCCCCCGCUAUGGAUUGUUCCUAAUGAGUCACCCGUGCCCCCUAGCCCGGCACUGUGGUCAGUGCCAACUCAGAGGGCAGAGUGCUUCUGGGCGUGGGGGACCAGCUCCCAUUCCUGGACCAACAUAGCCCAGCCCCGCUGCGUCUGGGAUGCCUGGCACAUCCCUCGGCCCACGCUGCAGCGUGGGGUGGUGAGGCAUGGCAGGAGCCGGGUACGCAGGCCUGGGGGGCGGGAUGCAAGAAUUGGGGCUGUCCCGGGAUGACAAGCCAGCUUCCUGCCCAAUUCCAAGCUUGGGGGUUCUUUCCUGUCAAAAGGGGGCAGAAAGCAAGGCCAGUCGUGGAGGUCUCCCAGCCUUGGAGCGGAGAGCAGCCUUGGACUGGGGUGUCCCCAGCUUGGGAAAAGUGUCCUGGAGUUUGCAGAGGCGGGUGGCAGCAGGGGGGGGGCCCUCAUGUAAUGUGGCACCUCAGCUAGUUACACCCUGUUCCCCCCCCACACACACACCAAGCUGGGGAUGCUGGACGCAGGGUGUCCUGUGUGCCGGGCUGGGGAGCCUCCUGUGCCCUGCUGCAGUGGCAGCUGCCCCGGUGGGCCGGUGUCACGGACCUGGCAUCUCCCAGGCCUGGCUGUCGAGUGUCACGUCACUGGAGCUCAGGAGUGGCCCCUGGACGCUCCCCAGCCGAGCAGGGCUCCCAGCUGGGUCUCUCUGUGCCGUCUCCCACGCAGGAGGCCAGGCUGUAGCUGCAGAGAUGUCGGUGUCCCGGAUCCCGGUGCCCACGCGGAGGCUCCAGGCAGCAGGGAUUCCAGCUCCCCGGCCCAGAGGCUGCGCUCGCUGCAGGCUUGGCAGAUAAAGCUGCCGAGACUGGGAGCUUCGAGGGCCCCCCGUUGCGGAUCAGGGCCGUCUGCCGUGCAAACCAGGCCCGGUGCGGGAGGCGCAUGGAGGCUGGAGAAGCGCCUCUGCCCGGCAAACACCCCAUGGAGCCGCAGCGCCGCCCGGAGCUCAGGCGAGAGACGACGGCGCCCCCCGCCUUGGCACCGGGGGUGCUGCUGCUCCUGGGGCUAAUGCUGCCCGCCAGUGCCCGUCCUGUGCCCACCCCGGUGGAUGAGAGCGGGGAGGUUGUGGCCUGGCUGACGCAGUACGGCUACCUCCCCCCCGCCGAUCCCGUCACCGGCCAGCUCCAGACUUGGGAAGCCGUGACCAGCGCCAUCCGCGUGAUGCAGCGUUUCGCCGGCGUCCCCGAGACUGGGAUCCCAGACGAUGCCACGCUGGCCCUGAUCCGGACGCCGCGCUGCUCGCUGCCCGACGUGCUCCCGGGAAAGUUGCUCGAGAGGAAGAACGGGAGGCAGUGGCGGAAGAGGAGGAAAAGUCGGGGCAGGCGGAGCGCAGGCCUGGCUUGGACCAAGAGGAACAUCUCCUGGAAGGUGAAGACGUACCCGCGGGAGGCGCGGCUCAGCCGGGAGACCAUCCGCGCGCUCACGCACUACGCGCUGAAGGUGUGGAGCGAGGCCGCCCCGCUCACCUUCCACGAGGUGGGUGGAUCCGGCGCCGACGUCUCGGUGGAGUUCCUGCACCUGGACCACCGGGACGGCUACCCCUUCGACGGGCCGGGGGGCAUGGUGGCCCACGCCUUCUUCCCCGGGGACCCCCAGCGCGCCGGCCACGUGCACUUCGACAGCGACGAGGACUGGACCUUCCGCUCGCCAGAUGACUACGGGACGGAUCUCUUUGCUGUGGCCGUGCACGAGUUUGGUCACAGCCUGGGCCUGGCGCACUCGCCCUCCACGCGCUCCAUCAUGCGCCCGUAUUACCAGGGCCCGGUGGGGGACCCGCUGCAGUACCAGCUACAGGCCGAUGACCGUGCGGACAUCCAGAGGCUCUACGGAAGCCCUGUCCUGCAUUCCACAGAGAAGCCGGAGGCAUCGUCGCUGCUCCCGGACCCGCCGUCCCUGCCCCACGACUUCCCUGCCUUGAGGUCGGAGAAGGAGUUCCCGGAUCGCUGCUCCUCCAGCAUCGACGCCGUCGCCCAGAUCCGCGGGGAAACCUUCUUUUUCAAAGGUCAGUACUUCUGGCGUCUGACCCACGAGCGACACCUCACCUCCCUGCGCCCCGCCCUGAGCGCGGCUUUCUGGCGAGGCCUGCCCCGCAGCCUGGGCAAAGUGGACGCCGUUUACGAGAGGCACACGGACCAUCGGAUCCUCUUCUUCAGCGGGCCCCUCUACUGGGUGUUUCGGGACAACGGCGUGGAGGAGGGCUACCCGCGCCCCGUCACGGACUUCGGCCUGCCCCAGGGGGGAGUGGAUGCCGCCUUCUCGCGGCCGCACGAUCAGAAAACCUACUUCUUCAAGGGUGGGCUGCAGUGGUCCUACGACGAGGCCCUGGGGCGCAUGGACGAGGGGUCCCCCACCCACACCGUGCUCGAGGGGCAGCUCCCCACCCCUGUGGACAACAUGCUGAGUGGGAGUGAUGGAGAGGUCUACGCCUUCAAGGGCAGGCAGUACUGGAAGCUGGAGUGGCACAGUCUCAAGCUGGAGAAGGGCUACCCUCGCUCCAUUGCCAGGGACUGGCUGGGCUGCACCGGGGAGCUCUCCCCGCCGCUGAGCGCCCCCACCGGGCCCCCCACGGGAGCCAAGCUGCAGCCGGACUGGCGGGGCCCCCCGCUGGAGGUGGAGCGCUGCGUGUGCCCCAGCUCGGCCCCCCGGGCCGCGCUCGCCUGGCCACUGGCCGCCCUGCUGCUGCUGCGGGGCCUCGGCUAGGCUGGCAGCCGGGGCCGUCCCCGGCCUGCGGACUAACCCUGGAGGCAGCAGGCCAGGCCAGGGCGCUGCUGGGGAACCCUGGGGGUGGGGGGCGCGCCCCCGAAGGUCGGCGCUGCAGGCCGGGUUCCGGUGCAGGGGAUCUACAGGGGUCCGAGGCCUGGGCAGCGCGAAUACCCGCGAGUCAGGGCGUGCCCAGGGGCGGCCCGCGGCGCUCUGUCUGCGGGCAGUGGCAUGGGACGGGUCCCCGGGUGAGCGGCCCGCUAACCGCCCGCGGGGGUAGAGCCGGGGCGGGAGCACAGGCCACCUCCAGUCGCUCGGAGAAAGUGCUUGUCCCUCUCCCCCGACGGCCUUCAGCCCCCCAUGGCCGGGCGGGCGGGCGCCCAGGUGGCCCAGCUGGGCCCGCGCCAGCCAGGGCCUGGCCUCAGCACCUUGGCCAGGGCCUGUCAGCUGCACCCAGUGCAGCGGGGCCGAGUGAUGGGCCCUCCGUGAUCCACUGACGAUGAUGCCAGCUCCUGCCACGGGGCACCAGCUCUCCAUCGCCCUGACUUCACCCUCCAUUACCCCAGCUCUCUGUCCCCAUCUCCCUGACCCCCCCCGAGCUCCCAUUGCCCCAGCUCCCCCCCUCCACGCCCCA